GGACUCAUUUUUUACGGCUCACAGGAACUGGGAGACUAAUAACCCCAUCUGCCGGAAGUGCCUUUUCACGAAUACCUUACUGUUCUUAGUGCUUAGCUUCCGAUUUUCCGCGCGACGCUGGCAACAGUAUGCUUCUGAUUGAGCCUCUCCACUUGACUGAAAAAAUACACUGAUCAGAACUACCUGGCAUCUUCCUGAGCAAGACUUUCAAUCGGACCCAGUAUGCUUCACUUUAUCCAUAAGUUUUCUCUAGCAUCUCCAAAGAUGCGGAAGUACCCUUUCACAGUCCCACUAGGAGCCAGCAAGAAAACAGAAACAGUUUCUUUCAAGACAUACCUCCAGCAGAACUUUUCCCCUUUGUUUCUAAGGCCUUGGCUUUUCUCAUCACUUCCAGUGUGUGUGAACAAAACACAGUACUAUCAUACUUCGCUUUGCAGCUUAAAAAAUAAGCAGAAGCAAGCAGUACUUCCAUCCAGGCCUCCAAGCACCAUCACUUACUUGCCUGACAGCCCAAAGUCAGCAUUAUACAUAACUCUGGCAGGACUAAUCCCCUUCAUUGCUCCACCAUUGGUCAUGGUGAUGACAAAGACUUAUGUCCCCAUAUUAGCUUUUACUCAGAUGGCUUAUGGAGCCAGUUUCCUAUCUUUCUUGGGAGGGAUCAGAUGGGGUUUUGCUCUUCCAGAAGGUAGUGCAGCCAAACCAGACUUCCUCAAUUUAGCUAACAGUAUAGUUCCUGUUUUGUUUUCAUGGUUUGCUUUCCUUAUUUCUGAAAGACUCAGUGAAGCUAUAGUCACAGUAAUAAUAGGUUUGGGGAUAGCAUUACACACUGAACUUUUUCUCUCCUGGCCACAUUAUCCCAACUGGUUCAAAUUCCUGAGGAUAGCAGUCACUUUAGUAGCCACUUUUUCAUUUGUAAUCACUUUAGUAGUAAAAGCUAUUUAUCCAGAGACAGGACCCAAGAGACUUGGUCAAGUAGAAUAAGUAUAAAACUACUCUGUAGAUGACAUUUGUGUUGGCUACAAGCCUUGUAAGGUUGUGCUUUUUCUACUUCUCCUUAGUUUUUUUUCCCCUACCAAUAAUAAUUUAUUAUUCACAGAUUAUUUUUCAUUUCUAGAAAUCUUUAUUUCAUAGACAUUACUUGAGCAACAUCUUGAAAAUCCCUAACAAGUCCUUUUUGUUUCAUAUUAGGUUACAGUUCUCGUUCAAUCUUUUUAUGAAUUACAUAGUCACCCAUUUAAAUGUUUCAAUGUUUUCUUUUGAAAAAUAUAAAAUAAUAAAGAGAUGAAAAAUC